AUUGUAAUAGGUCCAAAUGGCACAGGAAAAACCCAUGCCAUCAUCAGUGCAUUGAGUUAUUUGGGAUUAAAGUACAAAUACGUUGAACUUUCAGAAUCUAAAAUAAACAAGCCACUAAACAAAGAAUGUAUCAUUCACACAGUCUUGUACAGCUUUCAAAGCCUAGAUAAUAUAAAGUACGAUAAAAACUUGAUAAUUGAGACAACAUUACAUGGAAUAGAUGGGAGAUUCAACAGUUGUACAGUUGUAAAAUUCAAUCAAAAAGUAUUCAAGGAAAAACCAAUACUUAGACACAAAAAAUACAAAGAGAAGUAUGAAUAUCAAUUAGAUAUAUUCAGAUUUGUAGGAAGAAUAUUUUAUAGAAAACUCAAGGUAAAAGACCUUGAAAAUGAUGAGCAGACAAUUUAUUAUAAUUGCUUAAAAGCGAAUAAGGAUAAUGCGAUUAGCCAUAUUGCAAAUACUGUUGUUGAUCCAAAAGAGAAUUGUGAAAACAAGGAGUUAUAUGAAACAGUAUCCAGAAAAUUCAUAUUAGAGGAAAGUGAAUCUGUCAUGUCUAAUGGAAUGAGCAUUUCCAUUUCAUUUGAGGAAGAUGAUAUAUUUGACAGUUCUGAUGACAACAAGGCAAUAGUUUAUAGUAACGACCCUAUUUCCAUGUCAGUUAUAAAAUUAAAAAAACUCAUUUCCACAGACUUUAAACAGUUGGAGUAUAAUCAAGAAUGCAAUUUGUCAUUUGAUAUUAACAUAAUUGAAAGAUUUAUCUAUGAAAAUUUCCCAUACUUUAUCAAAUUAAAGGAUGUUUCUACGGUAUAUGAUUGCUUGAGUCUUACAGGAUUGCACAAAAGAUUCUUUCUUAGUUUAAUUGAAUCAAUUUUGAAAAGUGAACCUAAUGAAAAGAACAAAUUCUUUAGUUUUAAAUUAAAAACACGAUUGAACACAGCAGAUACCACAUCUAUUAAAGGUAUGUGGCAAUAUCAAUUUAAUCUAAAUUGA